AUGGAGAAUCUUGAAAGAGACGAGCCACUGACGCCGGCCGGCCGUCUGUUUGUCAGCCCGGUAAUGAGCCAAAUCAUCAACUGUGUCAUUGCCGUCGAAAAUCCAAUAGAUAUUGAGGCUGUGAGGGCCGAGAUAAGCAACUCCAUAAUGGUCAAACACCCUAGAUUUUGCAGCCUUUUGGUCAAAGACUCCUGUGGCCGCGAGCACUGGCGGAGGACGGUGGUCGACGUUGACAGUCACCUCAUCAUCCGCCAUAAUACACUCUCCGAUGACCCUUUGGUUUCCGACGAAGUGGCGGUGAAUGAAUACUUGGCCGAUCUGUCAGUUUCUUCUCCUCUCGGUACUGAUAAACCAUUGUGGGAAAUCCAUCUCCUUAUGGCGUAUAACUCUGCUGUUUUUCGAGUCCACCACGCUUUGGGAGAUGGGAUUUCUUUGAUGUCCUUGCUUCUGACAUGCUGCCGGAGAGCCGAUGAUCCUGCAACGCGGCCGACCAUAGGUGGCAUUGGCGCCGGCUCCUCCCCCAUGCUUAAGCAGAGGUGGAAUUUCUGGACACUAUUGAAGGUGGUGUGGUACACUUUGGUGUACGUUUUGGAGUUUAUAAUGAGGGGUUUGUGGCUGAAAGACAGGAGCACCGCCCUAAGCGGCGGCGCUGGGGUGGAGCUCUGGCCAAGGAUGUUGGCCACGGCAAAGUUUCAGCUUGAUGACAUGAAGACAGUCAAGAGAGCAGUGGCUGACGCUACCAUUAAUGAUGUUCUUUUCGGGGUAGUGUCGUGCGGGCUUUCAAGGUAUUUAGACAUCAGAUCAACGAAAGCUUUACGAGAAGGCCUUCGGUUCACAGGAGUUGCUAUGGUCAACUUAAGACCACAACCUGGAUUGCAGGAUGUAUCCGAGCUGAUGAGUAGUGACUCGGAAACACGGUGGGGUAACAAAUUCGGGAUGCUUCUCUUCCCGGUUCACUAUCACAGAGGCGGUUCCAAUCCACUCGAGUUUGUUAAAAGAGCCAAAACAAUGAUAGACAAGAAAAAGCUAUCACUGGAGGGUCCCUGCUCGUACAAAAUCGGGGACUUUGUCAUGUCUUUUUUUGGGGCGAAGGUCGCCAGCAUUCUUAAUUACAGGAUUGUUUGUAAUACGACGUUUACUAUCUCAAACGUGAUUGGACCUCGAGAAGAGAUCACGAUUGUCAAAAACCCUGUGAAGUACAUUAGGGUGAACUCAACCAGCCUACCUCAUGCAAUCACAUUGCAUAUGGUGAGUUAUGCCGGGAGGGCAGAUAUGCAAAUCCUCGUUGCCAAAGACAUAAUCCCAGACCCCGAAGUUCUGGCCAAGUGUUUCGAAGAUGCCUUGAUCGAAAUGAAAGUAGCUGCCGAAGUUGCCAGCAGAAGUUGA